ACGGAAAUACGAUAUAGGGUUUAUCGUCUCGUAUUUGAGCAGUGCUCUGCUUUACCUUGUGGACAAGUGACAGGCGUACAGGAGAAGGGAGGAGAAGUUUUGUUUGUUUGUUCUUUCCUCCUAGCUUCGCCUUCUCCCCUUCAUCAUGGAGGCUCGGGCACAGGCACACUUCUCUCGGGAGGAAAUCAACAGCACGGUGUGGGAAGUACCGGAGAAAUACUCGCGGCUCAAACAGAUAGGGACCGGGGCGUACGGCUCGGUGUGCUCAUCAAUAAAUGAGAAGACUACAGAGAAAGUGGCCAUCAAGAAGCUCCACAGGCCCUUCCAGUCAGAGAUCUUUGCUAAGAGGGCCUACAGAGAGCUGCGACUGCUCAAACACAUGAAGCAUGAAAAUGUGAUAGGACUGCUUGAUGUGUUUACACCUGCCUCAGGCCUCAAUGACUUCCAAGACUUCUACCUGGUGAUGCCUUACAUGUUUACUGACCUGUCGAAGGUGCGCGGCCAUCUCUCAGACGACAAAGUCCAGUUUCUCGUCUACCAGAUGCUUUGUGGACUCAGGUACAUUCACAAGGCUGGAAUCAUCCACAGGGAUCUUAAGCCCGGAAACUUGGCAGUAAACCAAGACUGUGAACUGAAGAUCCUGGACUUCGGUCUGGCUCGCAGUGCUGACACUGAGAUGACGGGCUACGUGGUGACCCGUUGGUACCGGGCACCUGAGGUCAUUCUGAACUGGAUGCACUACACCCAGACUGUGGACAUCUGGUCCGUGGGCUGCAUCAUGGCAGAAAUGAUCAAUGGAAAGACCCUUUUCAAAGGAAAAGACUACAUGGACCAGCUGACUCAGAUCAUGAAAGUGACUGGAGUGCCUGGACCAGAGUUCGUACAGAAGCUGGACAGUCCAGAGGCCAGAAAUUAUGUUAAGGCUCUUCCACGUUAUCCCAGAAAAGACUUCUCAACGUUGUUCACCAGAGCCAGUGCAAAGGGUAUCGACCUGCUGGAGAAGAUGCUGGUUCUGGACGGAGACGAGAGGCCCACAGCGGAACUGGCUCUGGAGCACCCGUACUUCGACAGCCUGAGGGAUCCUGACGACUUUCCUGAGCCUGCGCCAUAUGAUGACAGCCAUGACAACGCCACAUUGUCCCUGGAUGAGUGGAAGCGGUUAUGUUUCAGAGAGUUGAAAAGCUUUGUGCCGUUCCCACGGCGGGACUCCAAGAGGAAAAACACCCUGACUAUGUCUCCGUGACCUGAUGAAUGUCAUGCCCCAACCAACACAGAAUGCAGCCAGUCGUGCCCUUGUAUAUUCUAACCAUGGAUUCACUCUGUUUUCUUUUAGCCUGGAUAUGUUUAGAUUUUGAAUCAGUGUUCAGAAAAGUGGUAAUUUUAAAACUUUCACCAUUUUUUUUAUGUGCAAUUAUUCACCAAAUGUGGAUUGCUCUUUGUGUUACACAUUCCUUAUCAGUGAAGAGCUUUGCAAAUGUAUUGUGACCAAAAGUCACAAGGUUUAUUUUAAGAUUUACUGUAUUAUUUUUUUUCAAUUAAACAAAAAGACAAGAUA